AUGGACCACUUCAACUCCAAGGACACGGCCUUGAAGGUCCAGAAGAAAAUCCUGAGCAGCAUGGCCACCAAGGCCUCUGUCCAGCUGUUUAUCGACGACACCACUAGCGAGAUCCUGGAUGAGCUCUACCGCGUCUCCAAGGAAUACACGGGCAACAAAGUGGAAGCCCACAAGGUGCUCAAGGACCUGAUCAAGAUCGCCGUCAAGAUCGGCCUUUUGUUUCGCAAUAACCGCUUCAGCACGGAGGAGCUGCUCUUGGCCCAGGACUUCAAAAAGAAGCUGCACCAGGGUGCCAUGACCGCUAUCAGUUUCUAUGAGGUGGACUUCACCUUUGAGAAGACAGUGAUGUCGGAGCUCCUGACGGGCUGCAGGGACCUCCUGCUGAAGCUGGUCAACAGCCACCUGACGCCAAAGUCCCACGGGCGCAUCAACCACGUCUUCAAUCAUUACGCCGACCCCGAGCUGCUCACCCGGCUCUACCAGCCCGAUGGGCCUUUCCGGAACCACCUGGUGCACAUCUGCAAGGGACUCAACAAGCUUAUAGAAGAUGGGACAAUAUGACAAACUCGUGGUCUCCCCUUUGGGACCACACUGACUCUUCAAGCUCGAUCGAUCGAUCGACACUGACCUAAAGAGGGAAAGUGCCCGCCGCACGCUCCACUUGGGAAAAAAUCUGCUGGAUUGGUUUUUCUUCUUCUUUUUUUGAGGUGUCGUUAUGACAACGGGUCAGACUAGAACAAAGUGGUUCACGCUGUUUUAAAACUUAUGGAUUAGGACCCAAGUUUCCGUGGUAAGAGGAAGAAGCGGCAGAUACAUAGCUGAUACAAUGCUGCCAUCUAGCGGUCAGGAUGUUGUAUCAGCAAGAGGAAAAUCAUAUUGAAGCUACAGAAGUUUGGAAAUAUUAAUAGUAAGAACGAUGAUGAUAAUAAAGCCAAUAAGGUGACAUCAA